CCCUUUCUUUCCUGCUACUGGCACCCGCUUGUUCCGCUCGCAGGCUUUGGGCUGCUGCAGCGCAAGCCAGUGAGAGCGAGGAGGGACCCCGAGACCUGAGGCCGGCUCCAUGUAUCCGGAAUCGACCACUGACUCCCCGGCCAGACUCUCACUGAGACAGACGGGCUCUCCAGGGAUGAUCUACAGCGCGAGGUAUGGGAGCCCCAAGCGCCAGCUCCAGUUCUACAGGAACCUCGGGAAGUCCGGCCUGCGAGUGUCCUGCCUCGGCCUGGGGACAUGGGUGACGUUCGGCGGGCAGGUUACGGACGAGAUGGCAGAGCAGCUGAUGACACUAGCGUACGACAAUGGCAUUAACCUCUUCGAUACGGCCGAGGUCUACGCUGCCGGCAAGGCCGAGGUCGUGCUAGGAAACAUCAUUAAGAAGAAAGGCUGGAGGCGAUCCAGCCUGGUCAUAACCACCAAGAUCUUCUGGGGAGGAAAGGCAGAGACGGAGCGAGGGCUGUCGAGAAAGCACAUCAUUGAAGGCCUGAAGGCUUCGCUGGAGCGGCUGCAGCUGGAGUACGUGGACGUGGUGUUCGCCAACAGGCCGGACCCCAACACACCCAUGGAGGAGACAGUGCGAGCCAUGACCCACGUCAUCAACCAGGGGAUGGCCAUGUACUGGGGCACGUCGCGCUGGAGCUCCAUGGAGAUCAUGGAGGCGUACUCGGUGGCGCGGCAGUUCAACCUCAUCCCGCCCAUCUGCGAGCAGGCCGAGUACCACAUGUUCCAGCGCGAGAAGGUGGAGGUGCAGCUGCCCGAGCUCUUCCACAAGAUAGGCGUCGGCGCCAUGACCUGGUCCCCGCUGGCCUGCGGCAUCAUCUCAGGGAAGUACGACGGCGGCAUCCCGCCCUACUCCCGCGCCUCGCUGAAGGGCUACCAGUGGCUGAAGGACAAGAUCCUGAGCGAGGAGGGCCGGCGGCAGCAGGCCAAGCUGAAGGAGCUGCAGGCCAUCGCGGAGCGCCUGGGCUGCACGCUGCCGCAGCUCGCCAUUGCCUGGUGCCUGAGGAACGAGGGYGUCAGCUCCGUGCUGCUGGGCGCCUCCAACGCGGACCAGCUCAUGGAGAACAUCGGAGCAAUACAGGUUCUUCCAAAACUGUCAUCUUCCAUUAUCCAUGAAAUCGAUAGUAUCUUGGGCAAUAAACCAUACAGCAAGAAGGACUACCGCUCCUAAGCACGCAUCCCGUCCGCCUGGGCUCACCGUCAAGUCCUCGUCUCCUGUUCGCUUGCUUAAGCUUUGUCGAAGCAAAGUGGAGAAUGUGAAUUUGCAUCGAGAACACGACACGUCAAGAUGUUAUAGAGAAAUUGUUUAAAACGUUGCUGCAAGACAACAUAUGCUUAUUAUGUAACAUUUUGUUUUGAAUGCAAGAAAAGUCAGUGGUUGGGAAGCGCGUGGAAUCGCCUCCACCCCUGCUGUCCAGCC